GCGUGUCUGUGAGGAGAGGGCGGGUAGCUGACGCAUCAGACCCCACUUCCCCGGGACCAGAGGGAGGGCCGGAGGGGAGGGGAGGGGAAAGAGGAGACAGCACGGAGGGCGCGCGUGCGCGGUGGUGCGGGGAGGAGCAGGGACUUGGCAGCGGGCGAGGAGGCUGCGAGCGAGCCGCGAACCAAGCGGGCGCCGGGCGGCGGGCGCGCGCACCAUGGGGGAGAAACCCGGGACCAGGGUCUUCAAGAAGUCGAGCCCUAACUGCAAGCUCACCGUGUACUUGGGCAAGCGGGACUUUGUAGAUCACCUGGACAAAGUGGACCCUGUAGAUGGUGUGGUGCUUGUGGACCCUGAAUACUUGAAGGACCGCAAAGUGUUUGUGACCCUCACCUGCGCCUUCCGCUAUGGCCGCGAAGACCUGGAUGUGCUGGGCUUGUCCUUCCGCAAAGACCUGUUCAUCGCCACUUACCAGGCCUUCCCCCCAAUGCCCAACCCACCCCGGGCCCCCACCCGCCUGCAGGACCGGCUGCUGAGGAAGCUGGGCCAACAUGCCCACCCUUUUUUUUUCACAAUGCCCCAGAAUCUGCCCUGUUCCGUCACACUGCAGCCAGGACCAGAAGACACAGGAAAGGCCUGCGGUGUAGACUUUGAGAUUCGAGCCUUCUGUGCCAAAUCACUAGAAGAGAAAAGCCACAAAAGGAACUCUGUGCGACUGGUGAUCCGAAAGGUACAGUUUGCCCCAGAGAAACCCGGCCCCCAGCCUUCAGCUGAAACCACACGCCACUUCCUCAUGUCUGACCGGUCUCUGCACCUCGAGGCUUCCCUGGACAAGGAGCUAUACUACCAUGGGGAACCUCUCAGUGUCAAUGUCCACGUCACCAACAACUCCACCAAGACCGUCAAGAAGAUCAAAGUCUCUGUGAGACAGUAUGCCGACAUCUGCCUCUUCAGCACCGCCCAGUACAAGUGUCCUGUGGCUCAGCUCGAACAAGAUGACCAGGUAUCUCCCAGUUCCACAUUCUGUAAGGUGUACACCAUAACCCCACUGCUCAGCGACAACCGGGAGAAGCGUGGCCUUGCCCUGGAUGGGAAGCUCAAGCACGAGGACACCAACCUGGCUUCCAGCACCAUUGUGAAGGAGGGUGCCAACAAGGAGGUGCUGGGAAUCCUGGUGUCCUACAGGGUCAAGGUGAAGCUGGUGGUGUCUCGAGGCGGGGAUGUCUCUGUGGAGCUGCCUUUUGUUCUCAUGCACCCCAAGCCCCAUGACCACAUCACCCUCCCCAGACCCCAGUCAGCACCUACCCACCUAUCCCCUAUCCUCCUCAGCCGCUCCAGAAACAGAUGUCCCUGUGGAUACCAACCUCAUUGAAUUUGAUACCAACUAUACCACGGAUGACGACAUUGUGUUUGAGGACUUUGCCCGGCUUCGGCUGAAGGGAAUGAAGGAUGACGACUAUGAUGACCAAUUGUGCUAGGAAAGGGGGCUGGAAGAAGGCAGUGGAUGGUGCUGGGAGAGGGAGGGGCAGGACCAAGAUCCCCAUUGUCGUUGGGAGGGGACAGUGUCCCAGCCUCUCCUCCCUUGCCCUCCAUCUGGCAGCUUCCUCAACCAACCCCUUCACUCCCUCUCCCCUGCCCCCAAAGAUACGCACUGGACUCAUCUCUUGCUGAACGUGGGCAUUAAGUUUUUGACUACAGCUCUACUUCUCCAGCCCCCCAGUGGAUGGCAAGUUGUGUUCAUAUGUAAAUUUUGUGGUGGGGGAUGCUGAAAUGAGAAGUGAUAGUAGGGAAAGGGGAGAAGAAUUCCCACAUCUCUAACCUCACACCAACACUCUCUUAUCACUCUCUCUGCCUCCCAUUUCUUCAAGAUGAGACCCUUUGGGGGGCAAGGCCAUUUCUUUGUUUCUGAGCAUAAAGAAGAAAAUAAACCUUUUAAUAGGCAUGA